AUGGCUCGAAGUAGCUCUGGAAUGUCACUUUCAGACAAGUCAUUUCCUGAGUUGGAAGGCUUCAAGCCAGCAACGGCUUUUGGGGAAGAGGAAAUUGAGAAAAUGGAAAAGUUGAAUUUGCAGGACUAUUACGGUGACCUUAGCACAGACGCCGAGGAAGAGAUCGAGGUAUCAAAUAAGAACUCAUUGAAGCAGAUAAUUCAGCAAAUUGAGAACCAACCUGUCGAAUGUAAAGAUUUAUUUCCAACCAGCCAGAUGCUCGUUGUGAAGCGAUCUUUGCGUUGCAAAACUUGCGAGCACAAUCUCUCAAAACCCGAGUACAAUCCAUCGUUGGUCAAGUUUAAGAUUCAGCUCUCCGCCUACUAUCAUAUUCCCGAGUUACGAAUCCUCAAGUUGCCUUCACUUAAGAUGGGCAACACCACUCGCGUCGAACUGACCAUUACUAAUCCUACGCAGUAUCUGCUGAAUGUGACACUGCUUCCAGUGGACAUUCACCUCAACGCUACGGCUGAUCUCGUUCUGCCCAACACUGUCCUUCAACUGACACCGAAGGAUGACACUGGCGACAUUGUCGAUUUUGAUUCCUCCGCAUCCAAAUUCAAUGAUGAUCCAAAUGUCAUCUCGCUACGACAAGGAAACAAGCUGGGCAUUUACCUCUUUGUGACGCCCACCAAAGGAGAGGUUGACUGUGUGGUGGAGUUUAGAAUGAAGCACGAUUAUGUCUACACAAUACCGACGCCUUUGAAUCCGCAGCACGAAUUUGGCGAUAAGCAGCAGCCGUCGAAGGAGGUCAAAUGGAUAACGCAUUCAAUCAGAGUGAAUUUGGGCAACAUUUCCCUUUAA